GGGAAUAGAUAGAUAGACCGUUGUUUCCUUCAUCUUCUUCACUCUACCUGUACUUGGGCAACACCAUCACUUCUGAGUUUUGAAGCUCAGCAAAUAAGACAAGAGUGCUUCUUAUCCAAACCCAAUUGCCCAAAUUGUAGAAAUACUGAAAUGCUGGGCAAAGCUCCUGCACCAGUAGUGAACCACCUAUGGCCAAAACGCAUUGACCCAGAAUGGAUUGUGGCACAGCACCACUGCAGGUGUACUCUCCACCCACAUCAGAUUAGGAAAUGGGGAAUAAGUUGUAGUCUUGGUCAGAAAGCAAAGGAUAAGUCUGCAGCUGCUUAUGACCUCAUGGAUGAUUUCAUUGUGUUGGGAGCUAAUACCAAGAAUAAUGACUCUUCUCUGGUCCAUGACUCUCCCAAAACCAAUACCACUCAAAGAGAUAAUGAUCGUCAACAGGGGGCACCUCCGAGGAGAAUUGCCAGAGGUGCUGGAAAUUUCGGAAGAUUGAAAGUCCAGAGAGUGAAAGCUGUAGUGGAGAAAGCUUCUCGGGUGAGGCGAGACAUGAAUGAAAGUGACAAUGAACUAGAUGUUCAGGAUGCAUCACCAUUUCUCUCUAGAAUUGAAGGUAUGGGGAAGAAUAAGAAAGCAAAUGCCGUGAGUCGUGGAGGGAGAGUUUCAAAUCCUUCCAACUCACAUGAAUUUAGGGACGCAUUGCGUAAGAAGGAACCGGCAGAUUACGAGGAAAAUUCUAGAGUAACUACAAAAGAUUUUUUUGAGCCACUCCCUGAGAGUAGGCAUAAACCUUAUGUGCGUCAUAAGCCUAAUACCAUUGUCGACAGAAGAAGGGUUUCAGUUUCAAGAAAAGGAUGGGGUAGUGGAGGGUCUGCACGUGAAUCAUCAGAGUAUCCAGACCUAGAUCAAAGAAGGAGAGUGACCAAUGAUGGUGGCUUUUUUAGUCGAAAAUCCUUUAGGGAUGUCGGAUGCAGUGAGUAUAUGAUCGAAUGUCUGAGGAAGCAGCUUUUCCAGCGCCCAUCACAUAUUCAGGCCAUGGCGUUUGCUCCAGUUCUUGCUGGAAAAAGCUCAAUUAUUGCUGACCAAAGUGGAUCUGGCAAGACAUUAGCUUAUCUUGCUCCUGUAAUUCAGCGUUUACGGGAAGAAGAACUUCAAGGACUGAGCAAGUCCUCAUCACAGAGUCCUCGAUUAGUUGUAUUAGUUCCGACUGCUGAAUUGGCUUCUCAGGUUUUGAGUAAUUGCCGAUCAAUCUCAAAAUCUGGAGUUCCUGUCAGGUCUAUGGUUGUAACAGGCGGUCAUCGACAAAAAACUCAGCUUGAAAGUUUACAAGAAGGUGUUGAUGUUCUAAUUGCAACACCUGGUCGAUUUAUAUAUCUAAUUAAGGAGGGUUUCUUGCAUUUGUCAAGUCUGAGAUGUGCUGUUCUGGAUGAGGUAGAUAUUCUCUUUAAUGAUGAAGAUUUUGAAGCAGCACUGCAAAGUUUGAUGAAUUCUGCACCUGUUACCACACAAUAUCUUUUUGUGACUGCAACUUUACCACUUGGCAUUUACAACAAAUUAGUUGAAGAUUUUCCUGAUUGUCAAGUGGUCAUGGCACCUGGAAUGCACCGGAUAAGCCCUGGCCUUGAAGAGGUGCUUGUAGAUUGCAGUGGAGAUGAUCGGAGUGAAAAAUCUCCAGAGAUGGCAUUCACAAACAAGAAAUCUGCUCUUCUGCAGCUUGUGGAGGGAAGUCCAGUACCCAAAACAAUAGUGUUUUGUAACAAGAUUGAGACAUGCAGAAAGGUUGAGAAUGUAUUAUCACGCUUCGACAGAAGUGGAACUCGUGUUCAAGUUCUGCCAUUUCAUUCUGCUCUGGCUCAAGAAUCACGGCUUGCAAACAUGAAGGAGUUCACUAGUUCUCGUUCAGAGAAAGUAGCACAGUUUUUGGUCUGCACCGAUAGGGCAUCACGAGGAAUCGACUUUCCUGGUGUGGAUCAUGUUAUACUCUUCGACUUCCCACGUGAUCCAAGUGAGUACGUGCGGCGUGUUGGAAGAACUGCCAGGGGUGCUGGAGGAGUGGGCAAGGCAUUCAUCUUUGUCGUUGGCAAGCAAGUCUCUCUUGCACGAAGAAUAAUGGACAGGAACCAAAAAGGCCACCCAGUGCAUGAUGUACCAGCUGCAUAUGAGCUUUUGUAUUAAUACCCCCACAGACCUUAUUGUAAAAUAGAUGAGUAGCGAAUUGCCAAAGAGCCAACAGAUAGUAUCUGAUUCUUUCUGAACCUCAUACAACCUUUUUGUAUGCGCCCUGGGACUCUUAAAUGAAGCAUAGUGCAAGGCUGGUCUUGGGAAAAAUGACUUCUAUGAUUUGAUCCGAGUAUGCUUCACAUUUGUUGGCAAAUAAAACCAAACUACACAGAUUGGCUAAUGUCGUUCAGGUAACUUGCUUUGCCACAUAGCCUGCAUACUAAUGUGGCUUGAUCAUUUUCGAAAUAUACUGAGUUGAGAUCUUUAGAUAGACCUGGGAAACUUGGUACACAACACAUCCGCAGUACAUCAAUACACAUAAAAUCUGCGCUCUUUGGCUCGAAGUUGAAAACGGAUGAACCUGUUAUUUGAUUCACUAAACUUGGCUAGUGUCAGUAACAUGACUCUAUCAUAUGUUCGAGCAUGUAAAAAUGUAAUUAAACCGAUAUAUGAAUUUCUUUCAACAUAGAUAAUAAUAUUAAUACUAUGUGUGUUUCUACCAUGCUCCGGAGUAUGUGAUAUUCUAACUUCGAUUAACCAUCAAAUCUAAUUUUUUGUCAAAGUAUUAAAAAAUAAAUACUCGAAGCACCUCACGCUCAGCAGCAUUGCAACAUUACAACUUCAUCAAAAACUAUCAAAUUUGAUGCUUUGGCCUUUGGCAACUCUUUUUCUUUCAAGUUUUUUAUGACAAAAAUAAAAAACAGAAAUAGUGGGUAAUUGUCGAAACGCAGCGUUUUGGGGUGGAUAAGGUGGCAAAUAAAAGAAGGGUUUAGUUCAGAAAGACAGAGAGGGAGUCUGAGAGUGAGACACAGAAGGAUAGAGAGAUAGAAAAAAAAUGUCAGCGUCUCUUUCGUUUGUUGGGUCUUCCCAACAGCUUUGGAUGCGUCCUAAGUUUGUAGGAGUAUCUGCUCCAAAGCCUCAAUCUCAGUCUCUAGUUAUCGAAGCCAAGGCCACUACCAAAAGAGAAGACAGGACCGCUCGCCAUAUUCGUAUCAGAAAGAAGGUAACAACCAUCUAUCAAGAAACCCAAUUUCCGAAAUUUGGUUAGUUUUACCUGCAAUGCAUAUUGGUCACUUUAAUUUACCACACAGUUUCAACCCAGAUGAGAUAUUAUGUU